UGCAGGAGGGACAUCAUGAGAAGGUGCAUGAGCUUUACAAUGAAAUGUGCAAUGAUGGAACCUGUUUCCCCGAUUCUGUUACUUACAGUGCACUCAUUUCCACUUUCUGCAAGUUGCGGCGAGACGAUUCCGCGAUCAGAUUGUUUGAGGAGAUGAAAGAGAACAGGCUGCAACCAAUGCCAAAGAUUUAUACCACUUUAAUAGCCAUGUUUUUCAAUUCAAAUAAUGCUGACAAAGCUCUUGGUUUGUUUCGUGAAAUGAAACAGCAUUGCUGUAAACCAAAUGUCUUCACCUAUACUGAAUUGAUUAAAGGCCUUGGCAAAAUCGGAAGAAUUGAAGAUGCUUUUCAUUAUUUUCUUGAGAUGCAGAAAGAAGGUUGCAAGCCAGAUACAGUGCUCAUGAAUAAUCUUCUAAACAUUCUAAGCAAGGCUGGGCGUUUAGAUGAUGUGCUGAAGCUGUUUGAGCAAAUGGAGUCCCUUCAUUGCGUUCCAAAUGUGGUUACAUACAAUACAGUUAUGAAAACACUUUUUGAGUCAAAAUCUCGAGCAUCGGAGGUUGUGGCUUGGUUCGAGAAAAUGAAGGAGCGAGGGAUCACUCCUAGUUCCUUCACUUAUUCCAUUCUAAUAGAUGGUUUUUGCAAAAGCAAUCGAGUAGAGAAGGCAUUGAUUCUUCUUGAGGAAAUGGAUGAGAAAGGCUUUCCUCCAUGCCCAGCUGCAUAUUGCAGUCUAAUUGAUGCUCUUGGUAAAGCUAGAAGGUAUGAGGCUGCUUGUGAGUUGUUCCAGGAACUAAAAGAAAAUUGUGGUUCUUCCUCUUCCCGUGUAUAUGCAGUUAUGAUCAAGCAUUUUGGGAGAUGUGGGCGCCUAAAGGACGCCAUAGAUCUUUUUGAGGAAAUGAAGAAACUUGGCUGUACUCCAGAUAUCUUUGCUUAUAAUGCUCUUAUGUCUGGAAUGGUAAGGUCUGGCAUGGUAGAUGAAGCCCAGUCCUUGUUCAGGACAAUGCAAGAACAAGGCUGUAAGCCAGAUAUAAAUUCUCACAAUAUCAUAUUGAAUGGUCUGGCAAAGGUUGGUGGCCCAAAAAUGGCAAUGGAGAUGCUUUUGAAUAUGAAGCAGUCGAAGAACAAACCAGAUGCUGUGUCAUACAAUACAGUUCUUGGAUCUCUUAGUCAUGCAGGAAUGUUUGAGGAGGCAGCUAGGGUGAUGAAAGAGAUGAGUGCAAUGGGAUUUGAGUAUGAUCUUAUUACUUACUCUUCAAUACUUGAGGCCGUCGGAAAAAUCGACGAUGAACCCGCGGAUUCUGUGAAUGAUUUCACUAAUCCAUUGCGCUACCAUGCGUUUGGAAGCUUUCUAUUGUUUAGCAAUGCAGUAAAACUGAGAGGACAACAUCUGGCACAGGUUGUUGCACACAUGAUGCCUGAUCUACCAAAUGUUGGCAUUGAGAGAGAUUUAGAAAGUUUCCGUGAAUUCUUUGAGAGCCCAGCUUUUAGGGCAGAUGGUCUCAAAAUUUACCCAACACUCGUAAUUCGUGGUACUGGUCUUUAUGAACUUUGGAAAACUGGCAGGUAUCGGAAUUACCCACCAGAGCUUCUUGUGGAUGUAAUUGCAAGGAUUUUGGCCAUGGUACCACCAUGGACCCGCGUCUACAGAGUUCAAAGAGAUAUUCCCAUGCCAUUAGUUACUUCUGGAGUUGAGAAGGGAAACCUCCGUGAACUUGCUUUGGCUCGAAUGGAAGAUUUGGGCUUAAAAUGUCGUGAUGUUAGAACACGUGAAGCUGGAAUUCAGAUGAUGAGGAAUCGAAAGCUAAAUUUCUUCGUUCAAAUCCAACAUGCUGCCGAGAUGACUUGGAGGCCUGCCUUACUGGUUCUGAAGCGAGAAGUAUCCACUUCGCAUCUUCUCUCCGAGAGAUUAAAACAAACAGAGAAUGAAAUUGUUCAGAUGUUCAGACUUCCAAAUCUUAGAGAUGCAAGUGCAUCUUCAUCAACAAACCCAGGGGGAUUCAGGAACUCAAGUUCUCGAGUACUGGAUGAGAGAUUCCUGAGAAUAUUGAAGAUAUUUAAGUGGGGGCCAGAUGCAGAGAAGGCCUUGGAGGUACUGAUGCUGAAAGUUGAUCAUCGUUUAGUUCGCGAGGUUCUGAAAACAGAUAUUGAGAUUGGUGUGAAGAUACAGUUCUUCAAAUGGGCAGGCAAAAGGAAAAAAUUUGAUCAUGAUUCUUCCACCUUCAUGGCUAUGAUUCAUUGCCUCGAGCAAGAGGGAUUGGUAGGGGAGAUGUGGAGAACAAUCCAAGACAUGGUCAGAAGCAAUUGCAUCAUUUUCCCUACAGUGCUAUCGGAACUCAUCAAGAUUCUUGGAAAAGCAAAAAUGGUGAACAAGGCUUGUUCCAUCUUUUAUCAGAUCAAGGCUCGAAAAUGUCAGCCAACUGCAACUGUUUACAACACCAUGAUCAUAAUGCUUAUGCAGGAAGGACACCAUGAGAAGGUGCAUGAGCUUUACAAUGAAAUGUGCAAUGAUGGAACCUGUUUCCCCGAUUCUGUUACUUACAGUGCACUCAUUUCCACUUUCUGCAAGUUGCGGCGAGACGAUUCUGCAAUCAGGUUGUUUGAGGAGAUGAAAGAGAACAGGCUGCAACCAAUGCCAAAGAUUUAUACCACUUUAAUAGCCAUGUUUUUCAAUUCAAAUAAUGCUGACAAAGCUCUUGGUUUGUUUCGUGAAAUGAAACAGCAUUGCUGUAAACCAAAUGUCUUCACCUAUACUGAAUUGAUUAAAGGCCUUGGCAAAAUCGGAAGAAUUGAAGAUGCUUUUCAUUAUUUUCUUGAGAUGCAGAAAGAAGGUUGCAAGCCAGAUACAGUGCUCAUGAAUAAUCUUCUAAACAUUCUAAGCAAGGCUGGGCGUUUAGAUGAUGUGCUGAAGCUGUUUGAGCAAAUGGAGUCCCUUCAUUGCGUUCCAAAUGUGGUUACAUACAAUACAGUUAUGAAAACACUUUUUGAGUCAAAAUCUCGAGCAUCGGAGGUUGUGGCUUGGUUCGAGAAAAUGAAGGAGCGAGGGAUCACUCCUAGUUCCUUCACUUAUUCCAUUCUAAUAGAUGGUUUUUGCAAAAGCAAUCGAGUAGAGAAGGCAUUGAUUCUUCUUGAAGAAAUGGAUGAGAAAGGCUUUCCUCCAUGCCCAGCUGCAUAUUGCAGUCUAAUUGAUGCUCUUGGUAAAGCUAGAAGGUAUGAGGCUGCUUGUGAGUUGUUCCAGGAACUAAAAGAAAAUUGUGGUUCUUCCUCUUCCCGUGUAUAUGCAGUUAUGAUCAAGCAUUUUGGGAGAUGUGGGCGCCUAAAGGACGCCAUAGAUCUUUUUGAGGAAAUGAAGAAACUUGGCUGUACUCCAGAUAUCUUUGCUUAUAAUGCUCUUAUGUCUGGAAUGGUAAGGUCUGGCAUGGUAGAUGAAGCCCAGUCCUUGUUCAGGACAAUGCAAGAACAAGGCUGUAAGCCAGAUAUAAAUUCUCACAAUAUCAUAUUGAAUGGUCUGGCAAAGGUUGGUGGCCCAAAAAUGGCAAUGGAGAUGCUUUUGAAUAUGAAGCAGUCAAAGUACAAACCAGAUGCUGUGUCAUACAAUACAGUUCUUGGAUCUCUUAGUCAUGCAGGAAUGUUUGAUGAGGCAGCUAGAGUGAUGAAAGAGAUGAGUGCAAUGGGAUUUGAGUAUGAUCUUAUUACUUACUCUUCAAUACUUGAGGCCGUCGGAAAAAUCGACGACGAACCCGCAGAUUCUGUUCGGUGAGGGUCUGGUUUGACUGAACUUUUUCUUGAAUUUCAGAAGAAUUUGAACUCACAGUUUUUUCAUUCUAAUCCUGACUAAUUUAAUGUUGUUCACUCUGACUUGGAAGCUUUCAUUGUACAUUUUAGGAGAUUUUACAGAUAUCCUAAUAAGUUUACACGAUGGUAUAGUUUGAGUUUA